UCGCGAUUCCACGAUCUCAAAUCACGCGCGUUGAUGUUCCCGAGUAAAGGGCAUACUUGAUUAAUACAUAAAAGCUAAAUUUUGAAUAAGCUUCUCAAAUUAUGGCAGCCAUAAGGACAUCGCUUCGAUCGAUCUUCCCAUCAGGCAUCAAAGCUCUUCACAGCACAGGUUGCUCAAGAGUACAAAUUUCUGUCCAAUAUUCCAGUGCAGCACAGCUUGCUCUUCGUGGAAUUUUAGACUCGCAGAUCAAUGACAUCCAUCAAGCAGGAACAUGGAAAGAUGAGAGGCUCAUAACAACUAAGCAAGCUUCAGAGAUUGCAGUAUAUGGACAAACUGAAAAACUGCUGAACUUUUGUGCCAAUAACUACCUGGGAUUGUCGUCUCAUCCAGAAGUUAUACAAGCAGCUAAAGAUGCUUUAGACAAGUAUGGCAAUGGACUCAGUUCAGUCAGGUUUAUAUGUGGUACACAGGAUCUUCAUAAGGAACUGGAGGAAAAGAUAUCAAGAUUCCAUGAACGGGAAGAUACAAUUCUAUAUGCUUGUUGUUUUGAUGCAAAUGCCGGCUUGUUUGAGGCUCUUAUGACCCCAGAUGAUGCAAUAUUAAGUGAUGAAUUGAAUCAUGCAUCUAUCAUUGAUGGAAUACGACUGAGUAAGGCCAAGAAGUUCAGAUACAAAAAUAAAGACAUGAAAGACCUUGAAAAAAACCUGAAAGAAGCAGAGGGAGCCCGUAUGAAGUUGAUAGUUACUGAUGGAGUUUUCAGCAUGGAUGGAAAAGUUGCCCCCCUCAAUGAAUUGUGUGACUUGGCAGAGAAGUAUGGUGCACUUACAUUUAUUGAUGAAUGUCAUGCUACAGGAUUCCUUGGUAAAACAGGCAGGGGAACAGAGGAAUAUCUGAACUGUAUGGGUCGUGUGGAUAUCAUUAAUUCAACUCUUGGGAAAGCUUUGGGAGGUGGAGCAGGUGGCUAUACAACAGGACCAAAACAACUGAUUGAUUUGCUACGUCAGAAAUCCCGUCCUUAUUUAUUCUCCAACACUCUACCCCCUCCAGUUGUGGGUGGGGCCAGUAAGGUGUUUGAUCUAUUAAUGAAUGGAUCUGACUUGAUCAAAAAAGUGGCUGAUAACACCAAGUUAUUCCGAACAAAAAUGACAGCAGCAGGGUUUAACAUAAUUGGGGAUGGUCAUCCAAUAACUCCCGUCAUGUUAGGAGAUGCACGGCUGGCUGUAGAGUUUGCUGAUGAAAUGUUAGAUCGGGGAAUCUAUGUGAUAGGUUUUACAUUUCCUGUUGUUCCUAAGGGUCAAGCAAGGAUUCGGGUUCAGAUCUCUGCUGCCCACAGUACAGAGGAGAUUGAUCGUUGUGUUGAAGCCUUUAUUGAUGUUGGAAAAAAGAAAGGUGUAAUUUAACUGAGCAGUGUGAAGUGUUUGACAAAAUUUUCAUCACUUUUCACGUUAUUAGACUAACAUGCUGUGGAACAAAUGUGAGGUGUGUAAGGUUAGCCUUAUUUAUUAACCUGAACUAUUUCUUCUGAGAUUUUAUGGCAUUGAGUCUGAAUUCUCUCCCAUUACCAACAAUAAAAUAUUUGAUAUCAAUUUGAACCCAAACCGAAUGAUUGGACUUAAAAAUUAUGCGCCACAGCUAGCACACAAGUUAGGAAAAAACUUUUAACUGUAAGCAACAUACAAAGUAACACUGUUAUCAGAUAUUGUACUUAAAAACAUAUUCUAUUUUACCAUUCAUCUGUUCACUUCAGUACAGGCAAUCGAUCACAAAUGAUGUCAAAAUGUAGUGAGAACAGAAAAGUGGCAGACACGGCGCAACCAAGUGUGUCACUGAUAUUCUUUGCAUAUUUUGACAUCUUCGGUGAUCUAUUAUUGUAGACCAACACCCACAUGAUGAAAAAGUAAAAUGCUGUUAACAUCUGUCCUCCAAUGGGCCAAAAGUAAGAACCU